GAGCUUGGACUCAGAACAAGGGAGAGCAGAGGGACACUCCAGGUGGGAUCUGAAGGUAAGGAUGGGAGUUUUCUCCAAAGGCUCACUCAUUUGUUUUCAAAUGCAAUACAAAUGGACAAAACUAGCAAUUCAUUGAACUGCUAAAAAUAAGAUCUUCUCUUCCAGUUACAUGAUUGAAACCCAGAAUACCUAUAAUGAAAUAGGACUUUUCAAAGGAAUUUUACAGCCAUCAUCCUACAAGAUGUAUAUGAUAAGCCUAUGAAUAUAAAGUAACUAUUACUUUUCCCUCUUUGCAAGUGAGAAAAUGGGCAGGGAAAGGUUAAUAUGUUCAGUAUCACACAGCUAAUAAGAUCUAGAGUGGCCUGAGAGCUGGAGGCAGGCGAAUGACUUCUCAGACCUGUCCUUCACCCCCCAAAGACCUUCCUCACUAGCAACACCUGAGGGAGGUGGCUAUAAUGGGGGUAACAUAUCCAUGUGGCAUCUUUUCCUUGACCACCCCCUUCUAGUACGCCUCACAGGAACCAAGUAUGCCUGUGGAAGAGGAGGCUGCGGUGCCUGUACUGUGAUGGUGUCCAAGCAUGACCCAGUGUCUGCGAAGAUAAGACACUUCUCCAUUACUGCAUGUCUGGUGCCCAUCUGCUCUCUGUAUGGGGCAGCUGUCACCACUGUAGAAGGUAUUGGAAGUAUCAACACCAGGCUUCACCCUGUGCAGGAGAGGAUCGCCAGGAGCCACGGCACCCAGUGCGGAUUCUGCACCCCUGGGAUGGUGAUGUCCAUGUACACACUGCUUAGGAACCACCUACAGCCUUCAGAGGAGCAGCUCAUGGAAGCCCUGGGAGGUAAUCUAUGCCGCUGUACUGGGUAUCGGCCAAUUCUCGCAAGUGGAAGGACCUUCUGUGUGGAGUCAGCUGGCUGUCAAAAGAAAAGAACAGGAAAAUGCUGCUUGGAUCUGGGAGGAAAUGAUUCUUCCUCACUCAACAGGGAAAGUGACAUUUGCACAGACUUAUUUGUGGAAGAGGAGUUCCAGCCCUUGGACCCUACCCAGGAGCUCAUAUUUCCCCCAGAACUCUUGAGAAUGGCAAAGAACCCAGAAAAACAAACCCUGACCUUCCAUGGAGAGAGGGUUACCUGGAUCUCCCCUGGCACCCUCAAGGAUCUCCUGGAGCUGAAAGCAAAACAUCCUGAGGCCCCUCUCAUCUUGGGCAACACUUCACUGGGACCUGCAAUGAAAUCUCAAGGACGUGUUCACCCAAUUCUCCUCUCUCCUGCUAGGAUUUCUGAGCUCAGUAUGGUAUUUAAAACAAGUGAUGGACUGACAAUAGGUGCUGGCUGCAGUCUGGCCCAAGUGAAGGACAUUUUGGCUGAGCAAGUUUCCGAGCUCCCAGAGGAGAAAACUCAGACAUACCGAGCCCUCCUAAAGCACCUGAAGAGUCUGGCAGGACAGCAAAUCCGGAAUAUGGCAUCCUUAGGGGGACAUGUUAUAAGCCGACAUUGCUAUUCGGAUCUGAAUCCAAUUUUGGUUGUGGGCAAUGCUACCCUCAAUCUGAUAUCAGAAGAAGGUACACGGCAGAUCCCUCUAAAUGACCAUUUUCUUGCCGGGUUGGCAAGUGCAGACCUUAAGCCAGAGGAAAUUUUGGAAUCUGUGUACAUCCCGCACUCUCAAAAGUGGGAAUUUGUGUCAGCCUUCCGACAGGCUCAGUGCCAGCAAAAUGCCUUGGCUGAUGUGAGUGCUGGCAUGCGAGUCAUUCUCGAAGAAGCCACAGACACCAUCAAGGAGCUGAGCCUCUCCUAUGGAGGGGUUGGGGAAGCCACAAUUGGUGCACAUAAAUCCUGCCAGCAGCUCAUAGGGAGGCCCUGGAAUGAGCCAAUGCUGGAGGAAGCUUGCAGGCUGCUUCUGGAAGAGGUCUCCCUCCCAGGCUGGGCUCCAGGGGGAAGAGUGGAAUUCAAGAGGACUUUGGUGGUCAGCUUCUUCUUCAAAUUCUACCUAGAAGUUCUGCAGGAACUGAAGAAGCUUGUAAAAGUGUCUGACAGUCAUCAUUAUCCUGAAAUUUCAGACCGAUUCCUAAGUGCUCUAGAAGAUUUCCCCGUCACAGGACCCCGGGGAGUCCAAAGGUACCAGAGUGUGGAUUCUCACCAGUCCCUCCAAGAUCCAGUUGGACGCCCCAUCAUGCACCUGUCAGGUCUUAAACAUGCUACAGGUGAAGCCAUAUUUUGUGAUGACAUCCCUAUGGUGGAUAGAGAACUUUUCAUGGUUUUGGUGACCAGUACAAAAGCCCAUGCAAAAAUCAUAUCAAUUGAUUUGUCUGAGGCCCUUGAACUACCUGGGGUGGUUGAUGUGAUAACAGCUGAGGACAUUCCAGGCACCAAUGGUGCCAAGGAUGACAAAUUGUUGGCUGUAGAUGAGGUGCUUUGCGUGGGCCAGAUCAUCUGUGCUGUGGUUGCAGAGACAGAUGUACAGGCAAAGAGAGCAAUUGAAAAGAUAAAGAUCACCUACAAAGAUCUGGAGCCCAUAAUCUUCACCAUCAAUGAUGCCAUAAAGCACAACUCAUUCCUAUGCCCUGAAAAAAAACUUGAACAAGGAAACAUUGAGGAGGCAUUUGAAAAAGUCGAUCAAAUUGUUGAAGGAGAGGUCCAUGUUGGAGGCCAGGAGCAUUUCUACAUGGAAACACAAAGAGUGAUUGUUAUUCCAAAGGCAGAGGACAAAGAACUGGACAUUUAUGUAUCAACACAGGAUCCAGCCCACGUGCAGAAAACAGUGUCCUCUACUUUAAAUAUCCCCAUCAACAGGAUCACCUGUCAUGUCAAGCGGGUGGGUGGAGGUUUUGGCGGAAAAGUAGGAAGACCAGCUGUAUUUGGGGCUAUUGCUGCUGUGGGUGCUAUCAAAACUGGUCGUCCCAUUCGUCUUGUUCUUGAUCGUGAAGAUGAUAUGUUAAUAACUGGGGGAAGACACCCAUUAUUUGGAAAAUAUAAAGUGGGAUUCAUGAACAACGGGCGAAUCAAAGCUCUAGACAUUGAGUGUUUCAUUAAUGGAGGAUGCACACUGGAUGACUCUGAGCAGGUAACAGAAUUUCUUAUAUUAAAGCUGGAAAAUGCAUAUAAAAUCCGCAACCUUAGAUUCCGGGGCCGGGCAUGCAUGACAAAUUUACCAUCCAAUACGGCCUUUCGCGGAUUUGGCUUCCCACAAGGAACCCUGAUAACAGAAUCUUGCAUCACAGCUGUGGCAGCCAAAUGUGGCCUUCUGCCAGAAGAGAUUAGGGAGAAAAACAUGUACAAAACAGUUGAUAAAACCAUCUACAAACAAGCAUUCAGCCCUGAGACCCUGAUAAGAUGUUGGAAUGAGUGUCUGGACAAGUCUUCCUUUCAUAGCAGAAGAAUGCAAGUGGAAGAGUUUAACAAGAAGAAUUAUUGGAAGAAGAAAGGCAUUGCAAUUAUCCCCAUGAAGUUUUCAGUCGGCUUUGCUGCAACAAGCUAUCAUCAGGCAGCUGCACUUGUUCAUAUCUACACAGAUGGGUCUGUAUUGGUCACGCAUGGAGGCAACGAACUGGGACAAGGUAUUCACACCAAAAUGCUGCAGGUGGCCAGCCGUGAAUUAAAACUACCCAUGUCUUACAUGCACGUCUGUGAAACAAGUACAGCCACGGUGCCGAAUACAAUUGCUACAGCAGCUUCCAUUGGUUCGGACGUCAAUGGCAAAGCCGUGCAGAAUGCAUGUCAGAUCCUUCUGAAACGCCUCGAGCCCAUCAUUAAGAAAAAUCCAGGAGGUACAUGGGAGGACUGGAUAGAAGCUGCUUUUGAACAAAGAAUCAGUCUUUCAGCCACUGGAUACUUCAGGGGAUACAAGGCCUACAUGGACUGGGAGAAGGGAGAAGGAGACCCUUUUCCAUACUAUGUCUAUGGAGCAGCCUGUUCUGAGGUUGAAAUUGACUGCCUGACAGGCGCUCACAAGGUUGAAGGUUCCUUUAUUCAGGGAAUGGGUCUUUAUACCACUGAAGAGCUAAAAUAUUCCCCAGAAGGUGUUCUGUACUCUCGAGGCCCAGAUGAAUAUAAAAUUCCAACCAUCACUGACGUCCCAGAGGAGUUCAAUGUCUCCUUGUUGCCAUCAUCACAAACCCCAUUAACCAUCUAUUCAUCCAAGGGCCUGGGGGAGUCCGGGAUGUUCUUAGGGUCAUCUGUGUUCUUUGCCAUCACUGAUGCUGUGGCCGCAGCAUGCAAAGAAAGAGACAUAGUCGAGGACUUCAUAGUGAAGAGUCCAGCAACCCCGGAACAAGUUCGAAUGGCCUGUGCAGAUCGGUUCACAGAGAUGAUCCCAAGAGAUGACCCUAAGACAUUUAAACCUUGGUCUAUCCCUAUAGCGUAACACUGCUGUCAUUUCCUAAAAGGUGUUUCAGUUUUUCACAAGUGAAAAGAUGGUUUGUUAAUCCAAACUGAUACACUGUUGUGGAAGAAAAGACAAAUUUUAGAAACAUUAUUCAAGCCUGAUUAGGCUAACAAGAUAAAUCAUUAUUUGCUUAGACAUUUUAGCCUAGAGGUCACCAGAUAAGCAUUGCAAUAUCCACAGUAGCCAAGUUUAAGUUUGAUUUGUUUGUGAAGACAUCACGUAAAUAUUGCUCUAAAAGCAAAUUUUUUUCUUUGUGUAUCCCUCCAAUCUAACUGGACUGACUAGUAAUACAGGUUGUGAUCCUAGAGUGGAAGACACUUCUCAGUAAAUAAACAUGUGAUUACUUUCCUCAA